UUGUAACCCACUGAGCCACCCAGGCACCCCCCAAAACACUUUUUAAGAACAUGUAACCACAAUACCAGUAUUACUCCUAAAGUCUUUAACAAUAAUUCCUUAUUUUAAUCAAGUAUUCAUUGUUCAGAUUUCCCCCAAUAGUCUCAUUUUUCCCUAAUUGGUUGUUUAAAAGGAGGCUCCAGACAAGGUCCACACAUUGCAUUUAUUUGCUCUGGUGGGACUCCCUUUCUCUUCCUCAUGUAAUUUAUGUGUGGAGGAAACCAGGCUGCUUGGAGGCCUGAGUGUCAGGAAUGUGGGACUGCGCUGAGCGCCUCAGCAGAGCGAGUGGGACAGGGAAGGCUGGGGGUGGGUUGGGGAUAAUGACCAGACAGGUCGGGACUCCUGUCUGCAGGAAGGAGGCAGGAGGUGGAGGCUCUGAGCAAAGGGAGAGGCUAGUGCUGCUGGGGGCCAAGGCCUGUCCUUAUGAUCCCUGAUGCCUCUCGGCUGCUGGAGCUGAUAGAAGGUGGGAAGAUGGCCUGAGCCCAGGAAUAGGGGCAGAACUGGGUGGGUGAGAGGCCAGGGGUCAGGCUGGAGAUGAGGGAGGGGCUGGGCCUGAGGUCAGGCCUAGAAGGAACAGGAUGUCUGUGUCAGGGAUGAAGGGAGAGAACAGUGCCAGAAACCAGCUCCUCCCCACCUGGCCCUGUCCCCGGAGCCCCUCCCUGCCCUGCCAGCUGCAGCUCCUCCCAGGGGCCCAGACACCAGAUCCCUUCGCAAUGCUGGUGGUCAGUGGCCCAGAGCCCUUGUUCUGCCUUCUCCUCCUCCUGCUCCUGGGCCCCUAUAGCUCUGCGGGGGCCAGUCCUCCUCACAGAAGGUUUGAAUACAAGCUCAGCUUCAAAGGACCAAGACUGGCGUUGCCUGGGGCAGGAAUACCCUUCUGGAGUCAUCAUGGAGAUGCCAUUCUGGGCCCGGAAGAAGUGCGGCUGGUCCCGUCCAUGCAGAACCGCAGUGGCGCCGUGUGGAGCAGGGUCCCUGUCCUCUUCUCUGCCUGGGAGGUGGAGGUGCAGAUGCGGGUGACUGGGCCAAGGCGCAGGGGAGCCCGGGGCGUGGCCGUGUGGUACACCCGGGACAGAGGCCAAAUAGGCUCCGUCCCGGAGGGGCCGACCUCGUGGGAUGGCAUCGGGAUCCUGUUCGACUCCUCAGCUGAGGACACCCAGAACAGCCCCGCCAUCCGUGUGCUGGCCAGCGACGGACACACUCGCUAUGAGGCACGUGGUGCCCACAGGGACGGAGCUGGCAGCGAGCUGGGCGCCUGCCGCUGGGAUUUCCGCAACCUGCCACACCCCUUCAGAGCGCGGAUCACCUACUGGGGGCAGCGGCUGCGCGUGUCCCUGAACAGUGGCCUCACUCCCGGUGACCAAGAGGAGGUCUGCGUUGACACGGGGCCCCUGCUCUUGGCUCCUGGAGGUUUCUUUGGGGUCUCGGCAGCCACUAGCACCCUGGCAGAUGACCAUGACAUCCUGUCCUUCCUGACCUUCAGUCUGAGUGAGCUGGGUCCGAAGCCUCCCCCCCAGCCCUUUCUGGAGAUGGAGGAGCUCCGGCUGGCGAGGCAGCUGGAAGGGCUUUGGGCAAGGCUGGCCCUGGGCACCAAGGAGCACGUGAUUCCACAGCAGAGCUCUGAAGUCCAGGAAGAGGGGGAAAGAAGCUUUGUGCUGGCAGAGAUGCUGGGCAGACACCGCCAGACCCUGCAGGCUCUCCAGGGUCUAUCUGAACAGCUGGCCCAGGCUGAGAGACAAUGGAAGAAGCAGCUGGGGUCCCUGGGCCGCACCAGGCCUAUGGGAGCUUGGGACUUGGCCAAGGUCAGCGCCCUGCUCCAUGGACAGAGGACUCUUCUCCAGGACCUGCAAGAGAUGAGGGAUGCAGCUGCCCACGUGGCCUCAAGAGCCCAGCUCUUCUAUCUGCCGGUGGGCACCAAGCAUCAUUUCUUAGAGCUGGCCCAGAUCCUGAGCUUCCUGCAGAAGGACCUUCAGGGCCCAUUGAAAGCAGCAGCCAAGAACGCUCACCCACCUGGCCAACUCCCAGGGGCCUCCUCGUGCCUACGGCCCAGAAUGUUCUUGUUUUUCCUCCUCAUUCAGACUGUUGGCUUCUUCUGUUAUGUGCACUUCAGUAGGCAGGAGCUGGACAAGAGCCUUUGGGACUGUUUGUCGGCAGGCAAACGGUUGUGUCCUGCACCACGAAACCCUGGGGCCCUGGGGCUUCUGAGGAGGCAGCCUCUCUCCCUUAGCAUUCAUGCAAGACUCACCUGAAAGCCCUGAAGGAGGGGGUAGUGUCUGGGGGUAAAGAGCUUGGUCAGUACUCUCUCCUUUUGGGUGCCCAGCUCCUGCUCACACCUUACUUUUGGCAAGCGCCAGUCUUAUUAAAGGUGAUUUACAUCUCCC